AUGGCGCACCAUGGGCAUAGCUUGAUGUCGUCUCUGGGCAUUCAUCUCGACGAAUCCAACUUCUUAGACCCUAUUUUCAGAGACGAAGGAAAAACUGAAAAGAGAAAUGGGCCAACCCGUCCUCUCAAAGGCCUUCUCGUAAAGGAGACGCGAGUUUCUCUUUGCCGCAUCGACGAGCUCCGCCGCCUCCUUGUCCUCGCCGACGACGUCGUGGAGGGGCGUGGCGCGCGGAUGGCCGGCACCCGCUCCCGCCGGCGUAGAAGAGCGCGCACUCUGCCGCUGGUCGCCGAACCCUCACCGCCGGAACCCGCCGCUCUCAGCAGCUCCAGAGAAGUUGCCGUUGUAGGCACCUCAGGCUCUACCUCCUCGCUGUUGUCAGGACCUCAUGUUUGUGCAGAUCUCCCGGACACCCUGCUUCAUGAGAUCAUUGCUCUUUUUAAUUCUUUCCACGACUUCCUUGCUUUUAUAGGCACUUGCCGCUCUUGGCGCGCUGCAUUUUCUUCCUUCCCCUCCAUUUAUACCUCCAACUUUCCGCCUUUGCACCUAAAGCCAGAUCUUUAUGCUCGUCCGCAUAGCCGUGGUAUUAAGCCCGUCCUUUUAUCUGACUGCAAAUGGAAGCUGAGUGAUCCUACCCAGAAAAACGUAUCCCUUUGCUGUUCUGUGCCCCAAAACACUCCAAAUCAGAUGCACUAUUUGGGCUGCUCAUAUGGGUAUCUUAUCUUCUCCUAUGAGGAGCACUGCCUCCUUGUCGAUGUGCACAAUGGUACCAAGGUGAAGCCCCCCAAACUUCCAUCCAACAACCGCCUUGGGUACUUUUGUGGCAUAGGCAUUCUUACAGGUCCACUUAGUUCACCCAACUCACGCCUCCUCCUGUGCACGGGAACCUCCAUGUUUGAGUGGCAGGUUGGAACAAACUCCUGGUCAGAACACCCUCUUGCCCUUAAAAGGGAACGCAUCCAUCAGAUAGUGUUCUUCAAAGGUGUCAUCUUUGUCAUGGAUGUUCUUGUGAGGCUCCACACUAUACACUUAUCACCUGAAUUCAGUAUGCAAAAAAUAAAAAUCGCGCGGGACCUUGAAUCCUUUUUUAUUAGCCCAUGGUUGGUGGUCUCUGGUGACAUGCUUCUCAUGCUUGACCUUCGCAUAGGAUCUGACGAGUUGAAUGAUGACUUGUGUUAUCACUUCUUUAAGGUCUUUCACCUUGACUUUUCUGUCGAGCCAGCCAAGUGGGUGAAGAUGGAGAAGCUGGAAAAUCAAGCUCUGUUUGUUAGCCUUGAUAGGAGGAAUCCUGCAUUUUCUUGCAUGAGCCCUGAAAGAUGGGGAGGAAAAAGUAACUGUGUUUAUGUUGCCAAGCUAUUUGAUGACCCCGAUGAAACUUGGACUGCUGUUGAGGUUGGGCAGCGAGUGCGAAAAGAAACUGUUCACAGCCUUUACUAUGGUCUUUCAUUCCCGUCGGACUACAGUCAUCUUGCUAGCCUCUGGCUGUACCCGAGUUUAGUCUAUGGUACUAGCCAGUGAUGUUGCUGAAGGGUUUUGGGCUUUUGGCUAUGCACAAGCACUGGCUAUUUCUGUUGUUUUACCUUUAGUUGGCGAUCAGCUCCUGCAACUACAAUGGUUUCCUCACCUGGCACCAGUGUUAUGUGUUCAAGGCCACUUAUCAUGUAUCACAUGGCUGGUUGUUAUGUGGCUAUCAUUUCUUGAUGCCUGAUGACAAUCUACUUCUUAGAAUGACUUCAGAAGUUUGGA